AUGGCAGCCAGUAAAAAUCAAUCGACUAAGAUAUCAAGUCCAGCAAAAUCUGUCGAUCAGUCGAUAAAUUCUAAUCUUGAGUCGUUUGCAUGUUUGUGGCUCGAUCAAAAUGUUAAUUCAACAGAAGAUAAUAUCCAAACUCAGAAAGAACUUCGUCAAGUCAUCAAUCAUCUUCGAACAUUUGAUAAUAGUGAUCAAUGUGAACAAUAUAUUCGACAAAUUACAAAAGAAAAAGUCGUUCUUAUUGUCUCAGGUUCGUUAGGUCGACAAUGUGUACCACGACUUCAUGAUCUUCCACAAUUUUCUGCAUGUUAUGUCUUUUGUCAAGAUCGAAAAGCAAACGAACAAUGGGCUAAUAAAUAUCACAAGGUUAUUGGUGUCUUUGUUGAACGUGCAAAGCUUGUAGCUCAAAUAUCCAAAGAUCAAAUCGGUCGGAGUAAAGUGGAAGAGGGUGCUUCAAUAUCGGUAAUUACUUCUGGUUCUCAAUCUCUUCAGGCUCGUAAUGCUAUAUUUAUGUGGUUCCAAUUGUUUAUUGAAGUUCUUCUUCGAAUGCAUCACAAAUCUAAUGAUCGCAAGGAAAUUUUGGAAAUUUGCAAGAACAAUUAUAAAGGUAAUCAGCAAGAGAUGAAAAUCAUCGAUGAAUUUGAAAAGACUUAUAAAGCAGAAAAUGCCAUAUGGUGGUAUACAAGAGAAUCAUGUUUCUAUCGAAUGUUGAAUAAAGCAUUACGUGUACAAGAUUUUGAUAUUUUAUUUGCUCUUCGAUUCUUUAUUACUGAUAUCGCCAAACAUAUCAAAAGUGAAUAUGAAAAAUUUAUUCGUACUGGUGACAAUCGAAAUAUUAUUCGUGUUUAUCGUGGUCAAAUAAUUGGAAAUGAUGAACUUGAACUAAUGAAGAAUAGCAUUGGUGAAUAUCUUUCAAUGAAUUCUUUUUUAUCAACAAGUCGUAAUCGAUCGACUGCUCUUCACUUUACUGGACUUACUUCUGAAGCUGAUAAUGUUCAACAAAUAUUAUUCGAAAUUGAAAUUGACCCGCAUUUACAAACGAAAGCUUUUGCUGACAUUAGUCAAAUCAGUUAUUUUCAAAGUGAAGGUGAAGUAUUGAUUAUGCUUGGUGCAUUGUUUCGAAUUGAAAAAGUAAAUGAAGAUAAAAAGAAAGGAAUAUGGAUGGCUCGUGUGUCGUUAGCAAGUGAAGAUGAUUAUCAUUUGAAAGAAACAUUUUCUUACAUGAAAAACACAAUUGGAGAUGACACUGAUUUAGACUCUCUCGGAAAAAUUCUAUUCGAGAUGGGUGAGUACAAACAAGCAGGAAAAUGUUACAGAAGAAUGUUGGAUGAGGGUCAACUUGUUUGUGGAAACGCAGCAUUAGGUUUAGGUAAAGUCUGUCUUCGAUGUGACGAAGCUGACAAAAGUCUUGAACAUUUUGAACAAGCAUUACAUAUACGACAAAAUCUUUUGGGAGAAGAUCAUGCAGAUGUUGGAGAAUGUUAUAAUUGGAUCGGGGGUCUACACUGGUACGUGCGAGAAGAUUAUGAUCAAGCGUUGUCGAAUCUUAAAAAAGCAGUUGAAAUCCAAGAAGCAGCACUUCCAUCCGAUUCUCUUUCUCUCGCUAUGACUUAUCACAAUAUAGCGACAACGUACCAUUACCUAGAGCAAUAUGACUUGAGUCUAGAAUUUUAUAGCAAAGCUCUCAAGAUUCGACAAAAAGUCUUACCUAGCAAUCACUCACAGAUUGCUUCAACCUGUAAUAAUUUAGGAACAUUAUAUGAAAGUAAAGGAAACUACUCAAAAGCACUAGAAUACUAUGAAAAAUCAAUCGAUAUUAAGCGCAAAAUUCUACCACCUACUCAUGACGAUGUUAUGAUGACCGAAAACAAUAUUCGUCGAUUGAAAGAUAAGAUGAAAAGCUAG